CGGGGAUGACAUUUCCAGGCUCUCAGAUGCGCCAGGAUUUCGGGAGCCCUGGCGAACCCCGCGCCGCGCUCCGCUGGGAGCGCCGGCCCGCAGCGAGAUGGACGAGAGCAAACCCCUGAAGGUGCGGCUGACCUUCUCCGUGAUCCUGGUGGGCAUCUCGCUGCUCUUCGCGGCCGUAGUGACCGACCACUGGGCCGUGCUCAGCCCCAGCGUGGAGGAGAACACCACCACCUGCGAGGCGGCGCAUUUCGGGCUCUGGAGACUCUGCACCAAGCACCUUUUCAUGCAGGAGCAAGGUCCCAAAGAGAAGAGCUGUGGGCCCAUCAGCCUGCCAGGAGACCACAACUGCUCCUACUUCAAGCACUUCACUCCUGGAGAGACCUCAGAGAUAUUUGAAGUGACCACCCAGAAAGAAUACAGCAUCUCAGCUGCAGCCAUUGCCAUCUUCAGCGUUGGCUUUGCCAUCAUCGGGACGAUCUGCGUGCUCCUGUCCUUCAGGAAGAAGAGGGAUUAUCUGCUGAAGCCAGCAUCCAUGUUCUACACCUUCGCAGGUCUCUGCAUCAUCAUCUCUGUUGAAGUCAUGAGGCAAUCCGUGAAGAGGAUGAUUGACAGCAAGGAGACAGCCUGGAUCCAGUACAGUUACUCCUGGUCCUUCGCCUGUGCCUGCGCCUCCUUCGUGCUGCUCUUCGUCUGCGGCAUCACCCUCCUCCUCAUCGCGCUGCCCCGCUUCCCCCAGAACCCCUGGGAGACCUGCAUGGAUGCAGAACCCGAGCACUGAUGCUCCCUGCAUCCAUGAAAAAUAUCCAGAAAGUGUUCUGAAAAGAUUUGUAUUUUUUAAAACGUCUGGGUCUCACUACACAAUGUGCUCUCUGUCGAGUGAGUCAUUACUGAACCACGGCAUGUUCGAUUGCAA